CCGAAGCACCCGGCCGCGCCCAUGCCCGCCGGCCGCUGUUCCACGCCGUCCUCCCGGUGAGGUCUCGACUGCGGACUCCCAGCUGUCCGUGCGAUUCCGACGCUCGCCAUCACUACCUUCCUUGCAGAGGGCAUUGGCUGCGCGUCUGGCGUCUGCGUGCCUCCCGCCCGUCUCCUGCAAGCUGCGGCAGGGUCUCCAGCCGGCCAGCUGCGGCCAGUGCCCAGAUCACCAGGCGAUAGGAGAGGGGUCGCAGGCUCACGGCUGCCCCUUGUUCCCUUCUGCCGCUGAGAGUCAGAGUUCAAGAUUCAAGCAGGUAAGCCUAGGCUCACUUGCGGAUCUGCCUGCACCGCGUCAUCUCGCCACUGCAUCGACUCGCCACAGCUUCACUAGCAUGACUCUAUUGUCACCCUAGGUAUAACCUCUGUUCUUGUAUCGUUGUCAUAGAUCGGUGUAGCCCAGUUAUGCGUCUCCCAUUCGAAAGAGAUACAGUUAGAGAUAUGCAGAUCUUUGCAUAUGUAUAACUGUAUCUGUUCGAAUUGUCCAUGUUUUUUGGACAGCCCGUGGAUGCGUAGAUGGGUUAGUUUCUAUGUUUUGCUCCGAUUGGAGACAGAGUUUCGGCAUCACCAACCUGUUGUUCUCUGGAUACACACUCUCCAUUUCAGGACGUGUAUCGGGAGAACAGCGGGGAGGUGCUGCCGAAAUUCUGUCUCGAAUUGGAGUAGAGCAUAGAAACUAACCUCGUCUACGUAUUCACGUGUGGGAUUAGGACCUAUCCUCACCUAUUAGGUAGUAGGAACACCAUUUAGCAGUCGAUGAUGGUUACAUUAUUUGUUGGUAUAAAUGUUAGAGGAUGGAUAACCGUGAGUGGAUGUACACGGGCCGCAGAAGUCAGAGUGAUUUCACCACUGAAUGGAUGAUGAAGACCAAUGAUUUCUUAGAACUAGCAUUUGGCGAGUGUGCUAAAGGAGCGAUUCUAGUUUUAUGUCCCUACAAUAUAUGUGCAAACAGAAAAAUGAAAAACAAGGUGGACAUGGGUAAACAUAUUUUGAAGAAUGGGUUCGUGCCGAACUAUACUCGGUGGGUGUACCAUGGUGAAGCCCAUCGCCUUAGAGAGGAGGUGGUGAGACCCCGCGUGGAGCAUUUUGAUGCUGAUGCAGGGGUAGCAGACAUGUUAGAUGACUUUCAUGAAGCUCAGUACGCCGAAGGACGUACUGAGGUAGAGAUGGAGGCAACUACAAAGGCGUUCUACGAGAUGAUGUCUUCUGCACAGAAAUCCCUUCAUGAGCACACAACGGUUUCUCAACUAGAUGCCAUUGGACGCUUAAUGGGGUUCAAGUCUGAGUGUAGCAUGAGUCGAGAACACUUCGACGGUUUGCUUACCGUGAUUGGUAGCCUCCUGCCUGAUGGCCACAUUCUCCCAAAGAGCAUGUACGAUUCACAGAAACUCCUUCGUGCACUCAAGAUGCCAUAUGAUCAGAUACAUGCUUGUCCGAAGAGGUGCAUUUUAUUUAGGAAAGAACACAAGGAUGCAAAAUACUGUGCAAAGUGUAAAUCCUCUAGGUACUUGGAGGUAGACUCUGGUGAUGUCCAGAAUAGACAACUUUCGAUCCGUGUGAAAAUCCUGAGGUUCUUUCCAUGCAUACCGAGGCUUCAACGGAUGUACAUGACCGAGGAAUUGGCGAGCAUAUGUCAUGGCACAAGAAUGGCAAACGUUACAAUCCUGAUAAGCCGGUACAUCCGUCUGAUGGUGAAGCAUGGACCCACUUUGAUGGCAUUCACCAUGACAAAGCUAAAGAGCCUCGUAAUGUACGUGUUGCGCUAGCGACAGAUGGGUUCAAUCUUUAUGGAUUGAUGGCUGCCCCAUACACAUGUUGGCCCAUGUUCGUUAUCCCCCUUAAUCUCCCCCCAGGCCUAUGCUUUCAAAGACAGAACAUAUUCUUGUCACUGAUAAUUCCUAGACAUCCGGGGAGUAAUAUGGGUGUGUACAUGGAGCCUCUGAUUGAUGAAUUGGUUAGUGCUUGGGAGGAAGGCGUAUGGACAUACGACCGUGCAACAAAGACAAGCUUCAAGAUGCACGUUUGGUACCACUACUCCCUGCAUGAUUUCUUGGCCUAUGGGAUAUUUUGUGCCUGGUGUGUUUACGGGAAGUUCCCAUGCCCAAUAUGCAAGGAACAUCUGAGGUUCAUUUGGUUGCAGAAGGGUGGCAAAUAUUCAUCGUUUGACAAACAUCGUCAAUUCCUCCCUCUUGACCAUCCAUUUAGACAAGACAUCAAAAACUUUACGAAAGGUGUCGUUGUGAAAGACCCUCCACCGCAGAUGAUGCUUGGUGCUGAGGUUCAUGCUAAGAUAGAUGCUCUCAUUCCCAAUGAACAAGGCAGUUGCGUUGUAUCAUGCUAUAUGUCUUGAAUAACCUUGACGAGGUGGCGCCAUACAUUGGGUAAGGUUCCAACGAACUUGUUUCAAUAAGUCAUCUCUAUUCGUCGUCCAACCCCUUGUUUCACGUUGGUAUAGGGAAUUUCUUCAUCACUUCUGGAAUCAUUCAAGGGAUCCUACCCCGUAGGAAGCUGAUACCCUUCUUUCAAAGGGUGCGGGAGCAGGGCGGCCUGAUUUUAUUUCCUGGUUCAAAAACAAGGUACUUUCCAAUUUAGCUAGUACUUGGUUUGACUUUCCAAGAUGCUUGUAAGUUCGAAUAUCAUAAUGAUAUAUCCUGCUCGACCUUGUAGGCCCAAACUGAUGCGUCUAUCAGUGGUCAGUUGAGACAAGUUGCGAACGGCUGUGCCUAUAGGGUCAAGUCAUUUACUGGUUAUGACGUGAAUAGAUAUCGCUUCCACACAGCAUCACACGAGCAGAGUCGGCCCAAUCGAAUAUUAUGGUAAUGUUGUAGGCCCAGGUCCAGGCUUUAGAGGCCCAGCGGGAGGCCGAUCGACAGAGGAUAGAGGCUAUGGAGGUCCAGCGUGUGGCGGAGCAGCAUCGACAGCAACAGCAGAUGGCAGAGAUUCUCCAGUACAUGCAAUCUCUUGGGCAACAUACGGGUUUAGCUGCGCCACCUUCACUAUUCGCUAUUCCUCCACCUCCACCUCCACCUCCCGCACACGGUACUCCUCCUCCAUUCGCCGGUUCGAAUAAUUCAGGUCAUCGUACAACACAGUCGCAGUGGGGACCUUGGGGAGCUGGGUAGUUCUGUUUGCAUGUGUUUGUUCGGUUGGUGAUGAACUUGCGAUGCACUUGUGUUACUUAUUUGGACUUGUGAUGGACUUGUCAAUUUGUUUAGAUGGACUUGUAAUGAACUUGUGGAUUUGUACCUAUGGAUUUGUUUAAAUGUGACAUUUAUGUGAUGUGCAUGAUAUAUUUUGUUUGUGA